AUGCUUAGCGAUCUUAUCUGUGACAGCGGUUGCGGGGAAUCCCUCGCCACAUGGUUUCUGAGCGUCGAGCGCGAUUGCGCCACGUUGGAGGAGAAGAUGCUUUUUCCAACCCUGCGGGGUGGACAGCUGUGGGCGGGCUGGAACGAGACUUGUCUUAGGGAUGAGGGAACAGGGAGAUACUGUGGUGAUGUUAUCAAUGGCUUUAGCAAAUCCUUCAUCGAUGAAAUGCCGAUCGAAGAACUCUGCUCCUUCUGCAACGUGCAAUGGCAUCGUGUCGUGCAAACGUCACCCUUCUCACUCUACGACAAAAACUACAAAUCGCGCCUCGAACACAUCAACCGUGCCUGUGAUCUCAACCUUCCCACAGCCAUCCCGAAGCUCGUCCUCUCCGAGGAUCCACAUAUAGAGCGGGACCCGUACUGCGCGACCCUUCUUUCAUACACCACCUCACCAGGGGACACAUGCGACAGCAUUGCGGCGCAGUUCCAGGUUGCCUCGGCGGCUGUUCGAGCCGUGAGCUGGCCGCUCAUCGACUGUUUCGCUAUUCCCGAGGGUACGAGGUUGUGCACUCCGCUCAGGUGUAAAACCCAUACCCUCAGGGAUGGGGAUACGUGCGACUCAAUCGAGCGCGAGCUUGACUUGAAACCCUGGCUUGGAGUCUCGGCAAUCCGGGCGUAUAAUCCCUGGGUGAAUCAGGAUUGCUCUAAUCUGCAUGAGGCGAGUGAUGCUCUUUUCGGGCAUGUUAUCUGUGUUGGCCCAACAGGUCAGUCGAUCCUGGACGAGUGA